AUGGCGACGUACCGUACAAUUGUGUUUUUGCUCAGUCUGACAGUUGUGCUGUGUUUCCUUAGGUUUCCCGAGGUUUGUGGGCACGGCCAUGAUCACGGAAGCGAACAUUCCCACGGACACGGUCACAGUCAUGAUCAUGGCCAUGAUCAUAUCCACGAUCACGGACACAGCCAAGACGACAUAGCCGCAGCGAAGUCGCGAUACAGUCGUGCUGCUCAAGAACAGCAUGGACACAGCCACGGCGGAGCGGAGCCUCAUGAUCAUACUAAUCAUCACGGGCACGGACACGACAGUGAAGACCACCACGGACACUCACACGGCAGUGAAGACCACCACGGACACUCACACGGCAGUGAAGACCACCACGGGCACUCGCAUGGCAGUGCAGACAACCACGGACACUCGCAUGGCAGUAAUAAACACCACGGACACUCGCAUGACAGUGAUGGACACCGCGGACACUCGCAUGGCAAACUACGUGACGAAAUACCAAUGCCAAGUAAAGCAGGAAACAACAAGAAAGCAGACACGUUUACUAUGUGGCUAGAAGCUCUCGGUUCAACUGUUUUAAUCAGUGCUGCUCCAUUCUUUAUUCUGUUCUUCAUCCCAAUUCAGAGCAAUACUGCGGAACACGAAUCACUUCUCAAAAUUCUUUUGAGCUUUGCAUCCGGUGGGUUGCUAGGAGAUGCCUUUCUUCAUCUCAUCCCACAUGCUAUAUCACCUCACUCUCACACCGGGGAUUCAGAAACUGAUGCAGCACAUGGACAUUCCCACGAUGGUGCAGGGCAUGAUCAUUCCCAUGACAUGAAUGUUGGUCUAUGGGUUUUGACAGGAAUCAUUGCCUUUCUCAUGGUUGAGAAGUUUGUACGUUAUGUAAAGGGGGGACAUGGGCACAGCCAUUCUCAUGGUCACAGUCAUGCAGCACAGCAAGAAGAGCGUAAAGAUUCAGAUGAUGCACAGAAAAAAGACUCAACUUCAGAUAUACGUCAGAGAAAAAAAACAGAUAGUGAUGAAGACAAGAAAGAAGUAGUUGAUAAGAUAACAGAGAAUGCUGAAGAAGAAAGCGACAUCAAAGUUGCCGGGUAUUUGAACCUUGCUGCCGACUUCACUCAUAAUUUCACCGAUGGAUUGGCUAUCGGUGCUUCUUUCUUGAUGGGAAGAACUAUAGGCGUAAUUACUACCAUAACGAUUCUUUUGCACGAAGUACCGCAUGAGAUUGGCGACUUUGCCAUAUUGGUGCAGUCAGGAUGUACAAAGAAAAAGGCAAUGUUGCUGCAGUUGGUAACAGCAGUUGGCGCCCUCAGUGGCUGUAUAUGUGGGCUUUUGGCAGAAGGCAGUGGUGAUACUGCAACAUUAUGGAUCCUACCAUUUACAGCAGGGGGUUUCAUUUACAUUGCUACCGUCGCAGUCAUCCCAGAACUUCUAGCAGAUACGAAACCUUGGCAGUCUUUCAAAGAAAUCACAGCAAUGCUCAUUGGUGUGGGUUUGAUGGUAGUUAUAGCGAAAAUGGAGUAGACGACACCGUUCAUUGCCA